AUGCUCUAUGCACAGCUCUUACAGCAGGCAGUCCCCCCCACGGAGCAGGGCUUGAGGGUCAUAACUCAGCUGGUGGCCACGUACACCCAGGGGUUUAAGUUGUGGCUGGGCCCCACCAUCCCCCUGGUCGUUUCUUGCCACCCUGACAUGGUCCGGAGUGUCACCAGUGCCUCAGUCCCAGAAGCUCAACCCCUGUGGAAAAGUCAGCUUAUUCCCAACAGUUCCAGGAAAAGUUGCAGAAUUCCCUUUAAUUUUCCUGGCCUGCACCCCAAGAUUCAGAGCUCAGAGGAAGGUCUCCUGUACACACGGGACCUGGCAAGGAGCUAUGGGGAUGUGUGCUGCUGGUGGGUGGGUCCCUGGAACGCAGUUAUCCGCAUCUUCCACCCCACCUGCAUCAAGCCUGUGCUCUUUGCUCCAGCUGCCAUUGCACCUAAGGACUUUGUCUUCUACAACUUCCUGAAGCCCUGGCUGGGGGAUGGGCUUCUGCUGAGUGCUGGUGACAAAUGGAGAAGCCACCGCCACAUGCUGACACCUGCCUUCCACUUCAACAUCCUGAAGCUCUAUAUGAAGAUUUUCAAUGAUAGCGUGAAUGUCAUGCAUGCCAAGUGGAAACGCCUGGUGUCAGAGGGCAGCACCCAUCUGAACAUGUUUGAACACAUCAGCCUCAUGACCCUGGACAGUCUGCAGAAAUGUGUCUUCAGUUUUGACAGCAAUUGCCAGGAGAAGCCUAGUGAAUAUAUUGCUGCCAUCUUAGAGCUCAGUGCCCUUGUGGCAAAACGGCACCAACAGAUCCUCAUGCACACGGACUUCUUGUACUACCUCACUCCAGAUGGACAGCGCUUCCGCAGAGCCUGCCGCCUGGUGCACAACUUCACAGAUGCUGUCAUCCAGGAGCGGCGCCGCAUUCUCUCUGAUCAGGGUGUUGAUGACUUCCUCGAGGCCAAGGCUAAGACCAAGACUUUGGACUUUAUUGAUGUCCUCCUGCUGACCAAGGAUGAAGAUGGAAAACAAUUGUCAGACAAGGACAUCCGAGCUGAAGCUGACACAUUUAUGUUUGAGGGCCAUGACACCACAGCCAGUGGCCUCUCCUGGGUCCUGUACAACCUUGCAAAGCACCCAGAAUACCAGGAACGCUGUCGGCAGGAGGUGCAAGAGCUCCUGAGGGACCGUGAGCCUCAAGAGAUUGAAUGGGACGACCUGACCCAGUUGCCCUUCCUGACCAUGUGCAUCAAGGAGAGUCUGAGGCUGCACCCCCCGGUUAUAGUCAUUGCCCGCUGCUGUACCCAGGACAUCAGGCUCCCAGAUGGCCGGGUCAUCCCCAAAGGUGUUACCUGCCUCGUUAAUAUUUUCGCGACCCACCACAACCCAUCCGUGUGGCCAGACCCUGAGGUAUACAAUCCCUUCCGCUUUGACCCAGAAAACAUCAAGAAGAUGUCGCCCUUGGCUUUUAUUCCCUUCUCUGCAGGCCCCAGGAACUGCAUUGGGAAGACGUUUGCCAUGACCGAGAUGAAGGUGGUCCUGGCGCUCACGCUGCUGCGCUUUCGGGUCCUGCCCAACGAGGAGGAGCCGCGCCGGAAGCCAGAGCUCAUCCUGCGCGCAGAGGGUGGACUUCGGCUGCGCGUGGAGCCGCUGAGCUCGGGCCCCCGGUGACCCGCCAGCUCGUGGCUUGGGAUCCACCCAGCACCUACACGCCUCGCUUUGCAGAAUCCCAGGAAUAAAACUUUGAGGUCUCCUCUGCCCGAGCCUCAUCGAGAGCCAGCAGGGGGCGCUUGGGACCUGAUGGAACACUAGGGUCGGGGAGGCCAGGUGGAGAGGAGGCUGGUGUCUGAGCCCAAGACCCUGACAGUCUUUCCAGCUGACCACAGGCCCCCAUGUUGAUUGCGGGUUCUCCCAGAAUCCAACCCUGUGGUCACUCCAGAUUUCCAAAGAACAGACAGAAAAUAGAACAAAGAAAAGCAUGCUAAAACUCUAACCUAAGUGGUCUCAAUUCAAUAACUGGGAAGGGGUCUUCAAACUGCCUGCCAGCACUCCAUCUAUAUGAUGUGGUUUGAAGUUUGGGGCUCGGAGCUUCCCCCCGCCCCGAAAGAAUUCUUGAAGUCUUUGGUGCAAAAAGGUGGUUUUAUUAAAGCACGGGGAUAAGAGCUGCUGCCCUGGGAUUGUGAGGAGCAGCAGAUUAUAUACUUUGUGAGUUUGGGGAGGUAGAGACAAAAGGAAAUAUCCAAAAAUGAGUUUCAUAUGGUAAAGAGUCACAGGAUACUAGAGGCCUAGGUAUUAUCAAGCUAAGGUUGUUUUUUUUCUCUAGCAUUAAUAUUAAGAGAGUUGGGAGUUUCCUGGAGGAACGGUAUACUCUGCCUGCCUGAAGUAUUUGUCAAUAGGCUGCAGGUCAUAAAGAUAUUUAAUCUUA